AGUCAAUGACAUCACCUCAUCACAUUAUCUCCAAGAUGAGAGGUUGAGCCAGGACGCCUAGAAUCCGCCUAUCAUUGCUUGCUUACCAUUCCUUCAUCAGGCAACAGAAUUAUUUCUUAGCUUUCACCACUUCUCUUCAAUCUCUCUAUUUUCAUCUGUUGAACACAAGACCAAUCCAGUCCAUUGAUUCAGUCUUUCACCAGCUACAAAACGACUAAAUAAACAAAACAAUGCUUCACAACGUAUCCUACCUUCUCCUCCAGCUCUGUCUGGCUAGCUGGGCUCUCGCCGCCCCUCUUGCUGACGAAGCCAUCACUGCUACCAGCAAGACCCCGUGGCAGUAUGGAGCCGGAGGUGGAAUUGCCGGCUUCAUUAUCCUAGUGUUGGAUCUCAUUGUCUUUGUUGAGGUAUUGAAGUCCAAUCGUCCUACGAGCGACAAACUACUUUGGUGCCUCAUCGUUUUCUUGUUCCCGGUCAUUGGAAUGCUCAUCUACUUCUUGUUCUCAAACCGAAAGGCCCACAACACAUACGAACCGUUGCCAUAGAUGUGGCCAGGCUGGUACAAUGUGGUUGGGUACAUGGAACGCUUCCACGUACCCGUGUCAGAAAUUGAUCGUAUCAGUUUGAGAGCUGGGCUAGUUCCCACUCAUUAUUCUGUAUGGGCUAUGUGUUUAUGACUGCAUGAUAUAUGGGAAAGCGAAUGGAAUAUUGAAAGGAAGAUAAACAAGAGACAAGAAAUCCUAGAUGGGGUUGUGGUCCUAGUCGCCCUAUCUACUAUAAACAAAUCAAAACCGCACAAUUAUUUCAAGCU